UGCACGAGUCAGUAGGGACCCUCAAGUGCGGUGGCGGGUGGUCGCGGCGGCAUGUUCCCCAGUGUCAUGAGCGCCCACCACAUGUGCACACGCGCGGGCUAGCGGAGCACCUCGCAGUUCUCCGAGACACCGCGUUGAGGCCGCGACGCCCGGGUGAAGGAUGGCAAGGUGGUGAGCGGAGUCAGAGUCGUCUUCGUGACGUGUGGGUGUGUGUAUGUGUGGCACGGUGUGCGCGGCGUCGCACACACCGAUUACUUUCGAGACAGUAAUUCACCGAAAGAAAAAAAAUAGUGUUUUGAUGCCGACAACUCAGUGCAACGAGGAGAAAAUGUUUUGUGGACUAUCGCCGCCGUCAGCAGUGGCGGUGGUGGCGACAGUGGUGAUGAUGGGGGGCGGCACCGUCACUGAUGCCACUGCCUCCCUGCCUGCCAGCAUCAGCGUUGCCUCCUGCCGCGCCGCCUGCCUCCACGUGUUCACGUCGUCUGGGGCUGAGCGGGACGCCAGGUGUCGGCGAAACUCAGACUGUUUUAUGUGCUGGAACUCUUGCGGAAUCCUGCGCCACCACUCCUCGGCAUGGUCUUCGAUGUGCACUGACCACACUGCCUGCUUCCAUGGGUGUCAAGUGGCGUGCAGAUUUUAUCUAAAUAAGGCUCCAGAAGGCACGGGGAGUGACCUUCCGUACACAGGGACGUCUCCUUCACUGACGCCCGCACAUCAACCGCCGCCACGAGUCAGUGGCAGAAACCAAGUCACGUGGUCAUCCCCUGAGUGGCCAGGAAGCAUCGAACCCUCGUCACACAGCGAACUAGUCUAUGUCCUCAUGGUGCAAGGGGACGGUGGUUGGCGAGAACUGACACAGACCUCGUCCUCGCGGGCGCGGAUACCUGCAAGCGUUGAGGGCGUGGUGCGAGCCAAGCUUCUGGCGGUUAAUCAGGAGGGUCUCGUGGCUGCAUCUGAUGCGCUUCUCCACCUCGAUGGUUCUUCAAAGGGAUACAGUAACUUCCCAAAAGACCAUCUUCACAACUACGAAGACCUACUAGCUCUCGAGAACCGUCAUAACAGCGGCAGCAGCUCACAAUUACCUUACGGCUAUAAGCUGGAAACAACAGAACAAGCCGAGCUACCACCUACUACAGGAACUCCAAGAGCUGCGAGCAGUGAACUUCUUCCUCAGACUGAGAGCACCACAAGUUCCACAACUCACUCAUCCAUCACUGCUCACCUCCACUAUGACUAUGCUACCAGCAACCCUUCCCCACCCACUGCCUCGAUUGAUCCCUCCUGGAAGGUGGAGAUCUCUGAUGUUGAGGUGCAGAAUGGUCCACUGGCCGAGGUCAGUGUGUGGUGGUCCCCAAGGGGAUCUGGGGGAGUAGAAUACCUCCUCUCCUGGGCAGAAGAAUCUGGUUUUGUCUCAGGUCACUUGCUGACUGAUCAGCUGACUAGUCAGCUCUCCUUGUGGCAAGGUCAAGGCUACUAUUUGCAGGUGGAGCUUGUGGACUCUCAAGGAAACUCUGUACUGAAGAGCUCAGCAACACCAGUAGUCUUCAACCCGACCACCACUCAAGACAGGCAGCCUCCAUCUCCCUCCAUAGUGACUGCUAGUAGUACAUCUGCAUCAUCUACUACUCCUACCACCACCACUGGUUCCAAAUUACCAACUCAUGUUGUAACACAAGAAGUGAGCAACAAACCUAAAGUCAUGUGGCAUACAUCUCCUAGGUCUUCCAUCUCACAUGAAGAUCAGUGGGAAUUUUUGCAAGACCAUACUCAAAAUCAAUCAUCUCCAGGGCCUCAUGAGAGAUCCCACAUUUCCACAGACUUAGAAAUCCUGGAAAAUCUUGAAAUCUUAAAUAACUCAAUAGAAAUAACUACUUUUUCACAAGAUAUUUCUGGGACAGAAACCCUAACCAGAGAUGAGCGAGUGUACCACGUGGUUGUUUGGUGUAUUGGAGUGGGUGUUGGUGCCCUGCUGCUACUCACUCUGUGCAGCAUGGUCAUCUGGAUGCUUAACAGAUGUCGCAAAUCAAAGCAAAAGGAGGAGCUCAGUGAGGAAGAACUGCACACAAAAAGAGGCUCUUUCAGAACAUUUACUCCUCAGCAAAAUGUCAGAAAUCAGACAACCUCUUGGACCUUUGAGAACUUUUGUUCAGUAAAUCGAAAAUCAAAACUUGAGCCUUCAAGAAGAGAUGCAGUGCCAGUAGGGAUUGACAAUGACUCAUUAAUGGAGAAUUAUGUGUUUAUGCUGGAUGCUCAGUCUGGGGGAACAUUUAUAAAACACUAGUCAAUUAAUUUGCUGAACACAAGUCAGGUUGUUGUAAGAAUUUAAUUUAAAUGCAUAUUAAGAUAAUACUUUAAAGCUCUUGAUCUCAAGAUAUCUCAUCAGUCUAGACUCAAACAUUUCUACAAAUUCUCACCCAAAUUAUUAUUCCUUUUCAUUCAUUAAUUCACAAUGUUAUCACCAAGAUUAUAAAUUCUAAAAAGACAGGAAAAAAAUCAAUGUUUUAAUUUCACAUAUACCAAACUGAAAGAUUUAGCAUUUUGUGAUAUAUCCUACCAAGAUUUGUGGAUUUGUGGUUUUAGUUACCAAAUUAAUGUAAUGAAAGGGAAAUAUUACUCACAUUUUCAUCUUGCAAUACUUGAUUCAAACUUCCAGAUUCAAGCAAAUUUUUUUUUACGAAAAAUUCAUGUCAUUGACUAUUGUUGAGUUUCAUUAAAAAAAAAAAAAAACUGCAUUACCCACCCAGUGAAAAAUGGAUUAUACUAACAACAACCCAUACUUUAUACAGUGCUACAUAAAACUGAGAGUCAUUUCAACCAAAGACAUUGUAACUUUUUAUAUAUGUAUAUAUAUAUAACACUGAAUGUUGUGUAGUUGUACACGUCCUUUGUUGUUAUUAAUUUUAUAUUAUUCUAUUAAUCUAGUACUUUAAGGGAAGCAGAGCAUGCUUAGUUUUGCACAAAAUUAACAACUUUGCAAUUUUGUACACUCGAUCAUCUCAUGGUGCAGGACAGUGGAGCUUCCUCAUUUCCCUUAAAAUAUAUAGUAAAUAUGGAAAGGAUUCAUUAUAUAUAUAUAUAUAUAUAUAUAUA